AUGGCGUCUUCAUCUCUGUCAGUGGUGUUGCUCCUAUGCCUGGCUGCGGUGGCGUCGGCGCAGAUGUCCCCGACGUUCUACGACGCGUCGUGCCCCGGGGCGCUGGCCACCAUCAAGAACGGUGUGGUGGCCGCCGUGAGCAGCGACCCCCGCAUGGCUGCGUCGCUGCUCCGGCUGCACUUCCAUGACUGCUUUGUCCAAGGCUGCGACGCGUCCGUUCUGCUGGCUGGCAACGAGCGGAACGCGUUCGGGAACGUGGGAUCGCUGCGAGGCUUCGACGUCAUCGACCAAAUCAAGUCGAAUGUGCAGCAGGCGUGCAAGCGCACCGUCUCCUGCACCGACAUCCUCGCCGUCGCCGCUCGCGAUUCCGUCGUCGCGGUAGGAGGGCCGUCAUGGACAGUCUCUCUAGGGAGGAGGGACUCCGACACGGCUAGCGAGACACUGGCCAACCGUGACCUGCCUGCCCCAUCACUUAGCGUCACCGACCUCAUCACCCGCUUCGCCGCCAAGGGGCUCAACCACACCGAUAUGGUCGCCCUCUCUGGUGCGCACACCAUAGGGAGGGCGCAGUGCAAGAACUUCAGGACCAUGCUCUACAGCGAGGAGAACAUUGACCCGGCCUUGGCGACGUCGCGCAAGGCCACCUGCCCUCAGCUAACCGGCUCUGGCGACAGCAACUUGGCCCCAUUGGACGAUACGAUCCCGGACAUGUUCGACAACGCCUACUUCGUCAACCUCAAGCUCAAUAAGGGGCUCCUACACUCCGACCAGGUGCUCUACACCCUUGCCGGUGGUGCCACCGAAGACAUCAUUGACGGCUUCGCAUCUAACCAGGAUGCGUUCAACAAUGCCUUUGCCGCAGCCAUGGUGAAGAUGGGGAACAUCAGCCCCUUGAUUUUCCCACAGGGUCAGGUUAGGCGCAUCUGCUCGAGGGCGAACUAAGAAUUGCCAGCCGGCCAUUUGCACCAAAAUGAUAGC